AUGUCCCUUACCCUCACCACCAUCUGGCGCACCCUCAAAAAACCCUUCUCCGCCCUCCACUUCGAGCUCAGCUACCCCGAGAGUGCCAGAACAGGUAAUGGACCCGCGGAUUUCUUUUCUCCACCUACGAGAACCGAGAGUCAGACAAGAGAGUGGGAACGGAGGAUGAUUAGACGGUAG